AAAAAAAUUAUCUUCCGCCGGGAGAGGGAAAAAAAAAAAAGAAAAACGGUUUCCGCUUCUUAUAUUUUUCUCACUUGGCCAGCUUUCCAGGAAAAGACUCCCUGGAGAAAUACUAGCCAAAAUGCCGAUCCCCGUGGAUACCGCUCAAUCUAUCUCGAAAAAGCGCAAGAGAAAGCAUGCUGGAAGUGCGCGCAAGGAGGAAGUUGCUCUCCCGGCUGAGACUGAAACUGUGACCGAUCUCCCCGAGGAGGAAGUUACCGUCGACAAGAAGAAGGAGAAGAAGGAGAAGUCUAAGAAGCAGAAGGUGGAACAUGCGUCUAGCGAUGUGGAGAAGGAUGAUGUGGAGGAGUCGGAACAGGAUGCUCCCGCCGGCGAUGAGGAAAACGAUGCUGAAGAUGCCGCCGAUGGUGCUGACCUUCCUUCAGCUGAUACGAUCCGUUUGCCUCAGCCGGAUGGCGAACCUGUGAAGUUUUCGGAGUUGGAUUUGUCGGAGAAGACUAUGAAGGGUAUUGAAGGGAUGGGAUUCACGACCAUGACGGAAGUCCAGCGGCGUACAAUUCCUCCGCUGCUUGCUGGUCGCGAUGUUCUCGGUGCUGCGAAGACUGGUUCCGGAAAGACUUUAGCUUUCUUGAUUCCUGCCAUUGAAAUGCUGAGUGCUUUGCGAUUCAAGCCCAGAAACGGUACUGGUGUUGUUAUUGUCAGUCCUACUCGUGAGCUUGCUCUUCAGAUUUUCGGCCAGGUCAGAGAGCUUUUGGCCCAUCACAGCCAGACUUAUGGUAUUGUUAUUGGAGGGGCAAACCGGAGAGCGGAGGCGGAGAAGCUCAUGAAGGGUGUCAACCUUCUUGUGGCAACACCUGGACGUCUGCUCGAUCACCUGCAGAAUACACAAGGAUUUGUGUUUAAGAACUUGCGCACACUCAUUAUUGACGAGGCGGAUCGUAUUCUGGAAGUUGGUUUCGAGGACGAAAUGCGCCAAAUCGCCAAGAUCCUUCCUUCUGAGAACAGACAGACCAUGUUGUUCUCCGCGACUCAGACUACCAAGGUUGAAGAUUUGGCCCGGAUUUCUCUCCGACCUGGCCCUCUCUACAUCAAUGUGGAUCAUCGCAAGGAGCACAGUACAGUUGAGGGAUUGGAGCAAGGCUAUGUCAUUUGUGAGGCCGAUAAGCGUUUCCUGCUCCUCUUCUCUUUUCUCAAGCGCAACCUCAAGAAGAAGAUCAUUGUCUUCCUGAGCAGCUGUAACUCUGUCAAGUAUUACGGCGAACUUCUCAACUACAUUGAUCUCCCAGUGCUUGAGUUACACGGAAAGCAGAAGCAGCAGAAACGGACCAACACAUUCUUCGAAUUCUGCAAUGCUAAGCAGGGUACCUUGAUCUGUACCGACGUUGCCGCCCGAGGCCUAGAUAUUCCCGCUGUGGACUGGAUCAUCCAGUUCGACCCCCCAGAUGACCCUCGUGACUACAUUCAUCGUGUCGGCCGUACCGCCCGUGGAUCCAAUGGUAAGGGUCGCAGUCUGAUGUUCCUCCAACCAUCCGAAGUCGGAUUCUUGAAGCAUCUGAAGGAGGCUCGCGUGCCCGUCGUGGAGUUUGACUUCCCGGCCCAGAAGAUUGUCAACGUCCAGUCUCAACUGGAGAAGCUCAUUGGCCAGAACUACUAUUUGAACAAGUCCGCCAAAGAAGGAUACCGCUCCUACCUCCAGGCAUAUGCCUCUCACUCUCUCCGCUCUGUCUUCGAUGUGCACAAGCUCGACCUAGUGAAGGUAGCCAAGGGCUUCGGAUUCUCGACACCUCCCCGCAUCGACAUCACACUCGGCUCCAGCCUCAAAGACAAGCAACCACAAGGCCGCCGGAACUACGGCAGCCAGCCCGGGAACAAGGGCCGAUUCAAGCGGAAGCAUAAUGACGACUGAUUCAAUCUAGUAGAGGGAUAAAAAGCAAAUGUCUUGCAUUUUUUUUUUGUGUCCGUUGGCCUGGAGUUUCACAUGGAUCAUCUUUUUUUUUCUUUUCUUUUUCCUCAAUCUAGUCAUUUUCUUUUUCAUGGCAUAUUCUACUGUACUUCGCUUUCAUACAUUUGAUUGUAUGAAAUUGUAUCUAGAUACGUCCCCUUUUUUUCCCCAUCCCUCCCCAUGGAAUACCAUAAAUAACCGUGUUCAACUCCACCCCCCACCCCCCCCCC